CCACGCCCUUUCCCCCGCCCCUUUUCGGUGGCCACGCCUCCUUUUCGCUGGGCGGGAAAUGCUCGCGCGAGGCCCCGCCCCUUUCCUCCGCCGUGAGGCGAUUCCCGCCCCCCCCCCCCCCCCUCCCCGGCUCCCCCUCAGCCCCACGACGCCCCCGGGAUCCCCUCAGAAAUCCCCGACCCUCGGCUGUGCCCCGGGGCAGCGGCGACAUCGGAGCACCCCCGAACACGAUGGCUGCGGAGGGGCCCUGCGCCCCGGGCGCCGUCAUCCCCCUGCCAGGUGCGGGGACCAUGAGGGACGGGGCGGGGGGUGAGGCGCCGAGCUCCUCCAUAACCCAUGUCCCCCCCCUCAGCCCCUUCCGAGAGCGGCUGCUCGGACGAGUUUGCCCUGGACUGCACCUUCGCUGCCUGCGACCCGGAGCGCACAGGGAUGGUGCAGCCGCAGCGGGGUGGUCGAGUACGUGGCAGCGAUGACGGGGCACAGUGGGCACGAUGGGCGGCUGCGGGCACUGCGGCGGGCGCUGGACCCUGUGGCCGCGGGCACGGCACUGGACCGGACCCGAUUCCGCGCGGCCAUGGGCGCCUGGAUCGCAGCGUGCAGGCAGGAUGGGGCCGAGGAGCAGGACGUGGCGACUGGCGACACUGGACCGACGCCGGCGGAGGAUGACGGACACACAUCCCCAGCAGCCGGCCAGCUCCAGGGUGACAACACGGACAUCACCACCCCCGCCGAGGCCGCGGGGCUGCGGAGCCGUGCCCGCCAGCUGGCGGCUCAGAACACCAAACUGCAGCGGGAUGCCGAGCUGGCCGAGGAGCUCAACGCCCGCCUGGCUGAGGAGACCACGCAGCUCCAAGCGCAGCUGCGAAGCAGCCGGCAGGCGCUAGAGCAGGCCAGGGUGGCCGUCGAGGAGCUGGAGGACGUGAAGGCCGUGGUGAAACGGCUGGAGGAGGAGAACGCCGAGCUCCGGCGGCAGGCACGGCACGCGGAGAAGGAGCAGCGCAGCCUGUGCUCGCGGGCCGAGGGUCUACAGGAGGAGAACCAGCAGCUCCUCGCCGAGGGCCAGGGACUGCGGGAGCAGAUCCAGGCGCAGGCGGCGCGGAUGGCCAACCUGGAGGCCCAGCUCUGCCAUGGCACUGCCCUGCUCUCCGCCCGGGAUGCAGCUCUUGCCCAGGCGGGGCAGCGGGUCCAGGAGCUCACAGCGGGACUGGAGGAGUAUGAGCGGGUGGUGCAGGAGCUGCGGCUGGAGACGACGCAGAUGCGGCAGCAGCUGGGCCGGCUGCGGGACGCCUGGGCCAUGCGCCCGUGGUGCCCACGCGGCCAGCCGGAUGUCCAGGCCAUGGCGGCAGCGAGCCAGCGGACGGGGGACACGGAGGAGGAGGAGGAGACCGGGAUGGUGCUGUCUGGAGGAAGAGGCCUGGCAGGGAGUGGCGAGGAGGUGGCCGAGGUGGUGGCCUCGCAGGUGCCAUUGUCAUCAUGGGCACCGUUGUCGCCGUGGGCACCGUUGUCGCCGUGGGCUCUGGCGCUGCUGGCGCUGCUGGCCCUGCUCUACCUCCUGCCCCGCCAGUGGCCCCAGCCCCAGCUGUGCUACCGGAGCCCCCCACCCCUGUGAGCCGCCCCCCCAGUAAAGGCCAGUUGAGCACUGCUGCA